AUGUCUUCCGGGGCCAGCGUGAACACCCUGCAGAGCCUAGUGGAGCAGCUCAAGCUGGAGGCCGGCGUGAAGCAGAUCAAGGUCUCUCAGGCUGCUGCAGAGCUUCAGCAGUACUGCAUGCAGAAUGCCUGUAAGGAUGCUCUGCUGCUCUGUGUUCCAGCUGGAAGCAACCCCUUCCGAGAGCCCAGGUCCUGUGCUUUACUCUGA